ACCUUAUAAACUGUGAAAAGUUAAUCGUUUUUGAAUUCCAUAAGUUUAAAUUAUGACUAUUCAAAAUUUUAUUCAAUUUAUAUGGCGGGCUUAUGGCAUUCAAUAACAUUAUUUAUGUGAAAAUGUCAUAUGCCCAACCUUAUGAACCAGAAAGUAGUAUGGCGAACAACAGUAAACAAGUGAAGGAGCGGCCUUCAACAGAUUCCAGGUUUUUAACAAUAUUUUUAGUUUUUGCGUUUUGUUUUAAUAUAAAUUUGUUUCACAGGUUAAGUAAAUGUUUUCUCUGCCGCAGCUGCCCAAAAACUAUGCCUCGUUGUAGUCGUACAAACGGCAGCAGCGACAACUCGUUCGACGGCUCGCAUCGGUUUUCGUUUGUGCUGCACAAAAUUUUCGGCACCGUGCUGGUCAUCGAGGAGUGGUAAUCUUCGUUGAGUCUUCAGGCAAGGAUGAGCGUGCUGUGUCGGUUCGCGUUGAGAAAGGUCAAUGGCAUCAUCUGUACGGACACUUUGGGUUGCAGUAUUGACGACAUCGACGUGGUAAUCUCGUACGAAAUCGACCGGAUCGGGCGAACGAGUCGUGCCGGAAACCGGGUACCUUCAUCACGAUGCUGAUCGACUAGAAGCUGGACUAGCAGCUGGAGCCGAUCGAAAUCCAUUCGAAAACCGAGGAGGAAUACGCCGUGAUGUACUCGGCUGUGCUGAUUGACCUGUGCUAAGGGUGCGAAGCCCUGGAUCUGAAAAAGCAAACGAUCAAGAAGAUUCGCAGCGAAAUGUUGAUCGCUAGCAUGACCAAGGUGAACCUGCUUAGCAAGCUGAAGGAUCGCGUCGACAUUGAUCCGGCCCUUCCUGCGAAAUGUUCCACGUUAUACUUUUUCAGCCAAUGACAUAUUAAUGUAAUUUUGGUGAAAUAAAUAAAUAUAUUUAUAUGUGCAUUGUGCAAUCAUUAAUUUAGUUUUAAUUUAAACAACAACAAAAAAAUCACAUUCAAAAGAUAACUAUAUAAAAACCAAAUACUGUGUGUUUAUCAUAUUCAUAAGUUUUUCUUAUGAAAGCAAAAAUUGCUCAUACAACAAAUUCAUAAGAUUUGCUUAUGGAAACAAAUGAUUCAAAAAUCCAAUAAAAUCUAUAAGGUUCGCUUAUGGAAAAAAUCUAUAUGGCAUCCUUAUGGC